AAUUAAAAAAAAAAGAGUCUUAAACUAAGCUCAGAAAAAUAAUUGUGAUGUAAAAAAUAAAAAGAGAAGAUUAUAUGUUUGUUGAUCACAAUGGCGAAUCCAAGAAAAUUUAGUGAAAAAAUAGCUCUCCAUAAUCAAAAACAAGCUGAAGAAACAGCUGCAUUUGAAAAAAUAAUGCGUGAAGUUUCCGACGCAACCAAUAAGCCUGAGGAAAUAGCAUUAGCACAUCAGUAUGCAAUGGCUGGUGGAAGAAGUAGUGGAACAUCACCAUCUCCAAGAUCACCUGGUCAGAGAGGUCGCCCUUCAUCAUCAGUUGGACCUAUGAGAAGGCCGGCUGAUCGUAAACAUGACACAAGUCCAUAUGGUAGCACAGCUUAUUUAAGCCCUCCACCGGACAGCAACUGGCGGCGAACGAAUUCUGAUUCUGCGCUGCACCAGUCGUGUGGCGAGCAGCAGUCGACGGUGCCGCCCCUGUCUCCUCAUCACCCGCUGCACUCGCACGCUCACCCACACAUGCACCAACAUCAGAACCACCGGAGAGCUGCAAAUAUGCAUCUCGAUGUUUUGGCAACCCUGGGUAUGAAUCCAACGAAUCGUCCGCGCUCCUCGUGCGAAAUCCCAAGGAUACCAAAUAAUAACAACGUGUACGAGAGUGGGGGGGACGGUGGGGGAGGGGGAGGAGGGGGAGGGAACCUGUCGUGCGGGGAGCUGCAGGUGCCGGGCGGCUCUCUGCCGGACCUGACCGCGCUGCACUUCCCCCCGCCACACUACCUGCCGCACAGGACCUCGCCGGAGUACCACCACCAUAGAUAUAGCCCCAGCUCCCCCGGCGCGGUGUCCCCGGGCGGCGGCUCCAUAUCCCCGGCCACGGGGGGCGUGUCCCCCGCAUCAGGCUCCCCCGUGGGUGCCACGGUGCCUCUGUCCUCUCUUCACCACCACAAUGACCAUAACAAUAUGUACGAAACACAAAACCACUUAUCUGUACCAAACACAAAUAAUUAUCUUCAUCAUAGUAAGAAUAUGUCGCCUCUGGACCACAGUUGGCUCGCGUCGAGCUAUCAGUCCCACUGUAGUCCGCCCUCACAAUAUUCCUCUACGUCUAAUAUAAAUGUUCCCUCUCCCACGAUGGUGCAUAGUCCGGGCAGUCCCGUGGAAUCUCCGCAGACGGACUACAAUAACCUGCAUCAGGCGCUACUGCAACCUUUCGAGCAAAUUACAAUGUUGGACCCGCCUACUUCGAGCUACAGUACAACGUAUAUAAACCACAGUUCGCCCCAUUCACCGCAGACAACAAACUCGCAACAUACAUAUUCAAGUGCGUCGAGCGCGCCGGGCAGCCACAGUCACAGUCACAGUCACAUGUCGCACGGGCACGGGGCGGGCGCGCGGGACCCGGUGGCGGGCGCGGGCGGCUACCCCGCGCUGCAGCCGCUGGCGUCGCCGCAGAACACGGCGCCCAACACGCCCGCCUCCAUCCCCGACAUCAUACUGACCGACUAUUCAGGGGAGCUAGACGCCAGCAUCUUCGGCGGGGAGGAGGCCCAGCUGCGGGCCGGUCUGGACCUGGACGACCUCAUCCUGCUGGAGGAGCCCAGCUCCUUGUUGCCCGACUCCGCCGUCGAGAACGAGUUCCGACACGACCGCUUGUAGUGUGGGGCCGCGCGCUACACUCUCCUACGAUACACUCCACAUGGUAUUCUGUUCACGUGAUUGGCCUUAGAACACGUCAUCAGUCGCGAUGACUGUUCUGAUAAUAUUUUCAAGUGAAACCACGCAAUGGACAUGACACUAGCGAUGAAAUGGCGAGCUGUCGGUAUGAUAUAUAUUAUAUUGUGACGUAUUGUCAGGCCAACGUGGGAAGAGAAUACUACGCGGAGUAUAUUAUUAUAUUACACCAACACCGAGCUUUUACCGUCUCCGAUAAACUUACCUUUCGCGUCAAUACAAUUCUUGACUUUACAUGUUAGCACUUACAAUCAGUGGUGAUAUAACUUUACACAAACAAACGCAGACUUCAAAUCACGGACUAGUAAAAAAAGAAGGACUCUGCGCCGUGAUAUUAGCAAGUGAAGCACCGUUAUGCUAGUGUGUGUGCGGUUACGGGGGAUACUAGUUACACAAUUUUUUCUUCCUUCUAUAAUCAUAUAUGGCCACAAAUACUUAUAUAGUAUCGUUUUUACAAUGUUUCACAACGAACGACGGCAUUUUUAAAAUAUUUUAUUGAGACGCAAACUGAUCUGUCACAAACGAUAACAAUUCUCAUAAUGGCCGCCUAUCGGCCUGUAGUAGAGUAAAUGUGUGUCUAUGUAUUUACACGUUAAUCGCUUUAUUUUGGUGCUACACUGUUAUGUAAAGUGACCCGGAGUCUUUAUUUUUUUACUAAUCCGUGCUUCAAAUACAUAUUUAAAUAGUCUCCAAGAAACUGUCUUUUUUAAAUGAUUAAAAUUCGUAUAUUAUGUUAAUAUCAAUAGAUACGAAUAACUUAAUAAUUCAGUUGUUACUUCGUGUUUUUAUAUUUUAAAAGUUUUAAAAGUGUAAUGAUGAAACAGCGAGUGACAGAAGGGAGACGUCUACAUGACGUUCGUUCGCCAUUAUUCUCUAUAUGUGGCCUCGGUCUUAUCCGAGGAAAAUAUUACAAGACUCUAUAUUAAAAUCCUUUCAUAAGUGGCGAAGAUGUAUGAAAUUCAAUCCCCGCUUUUAUCCACAGUUAGAGGUUGUAAUCUCUUUCGUAAAUAAAAUUUAAAUGAGAUAAAAGAAGUCGACAAGAGUGAAAACUUCAAGGCGAGUUUAGUAUUACGAACUAUUUAGAACUGUUUCUGUAUUCUAUAUUGUAAUUAUAAUGAUUAUAAUAUGGA